UGUUCAUUUGUAGAGCAUCGUAAUUACAAGAUUGUUUAUAGACGGUAUGCUUCACUUUUCUUCUUGGUUGGGGUUGACAAUGACGAGAAUGAGCUUGCCAUUCUGGAAUUUAUACAUCUUUUAGUGGAGACCAUGGACCGGCAUUUCGGAAAUGUGUGUGAACUUGAUAUCAUGUUCCAUCUUGAGAAGGCCCACUUCAUGCUCGAAGAAAUGGUCAUGAAUGGCUGCAUCGUCGAGACGAGCAAGGCCAAUAUUUUGAGUCCAAUUCAGCUCAUGGACAAAGGCUUUUAGUUACAGGUGGUUAUCAUUCUUUUUCUUAAAUCCUGAGCAAGCAUUUUCUUUCUUAAUGACUGAUGUGCGUAAAUUUGCUUAUCAGUUUUAAUCAUGGUUUGUUUAACUCCAGUAAGUAUUUGGAUCAAAUAUCCGUCACUGUAUGUGAUUCAGGUUCAUCUCAUCAAUCUGAGACAAUUUGUAAUAAAAGCUUCAAUCCAAUGUUGUGAA